CCGUUUGGCCGGCUUCAAUUGAUGAUCAGUAUUGACUUAAUUUUAUGACUCAGGAAACAGUGCUGUUUACUCCCAGCUGAUAAGUCAAGUGCACAGCCUAACAGGCCAGCAAGAGCAAAAGCAAAGGUGUGGCUUUGGUUGUUCAUUACCAGGAAUACAGGAAAAGUAACCACAGAGAAGAGAGGAGAGAAGCAGUGGAUUAUAUUUGAAAGACAAAGGACAGAGCAGUAGGACUCAGAGAUGCAGAAUAGGUCACAUAUAAACUACGGUUUUCAGCAUGAGGGAGAUCGGCCUCCUCCGUAUGUGCCCAGCUACUACCCGGGGGCAUAUCCCACCAUCCCGCAGUACCCCACCACCCAGCCCACACCUAUUAACACACACAACACAGUUACAGCUGUACAGCCCCACCCCACCACAGCCUCCAAAGCCAAGAAAAGUCGAUGUCCCUGCAUAACGGCCGUGGUCAUAUUCAUCUUAGUUGUCCUGGGAGUGGCAGCUGUGCUGAUCUGGUACUUCUUGUCCAAGACGUGCGCUCUGGGCCAGAGGUGUGGGGAGGAUGGGCCGUGCGUCAGCUCUUCACAGUGGUGCGAUGGAAAGAGGGACUGUUCGUCAGGAGAGGACGAGGCUCACUGCUUUCGUUUGUAUGGACCAGAUUUCCAGCUGCAGAGUUUCUCUAAACAAGACCAAAAAUGGAAGCUUGUGUGUUCGAACAGAUGGGACAACAGCGUUGGGAGGAAAGCCUGCGAGGCGAUCGGAUACAGCAGCACGGACUAUGUCGGCUUUGAUCGGAUGAGUCCAGGCUCUGGGUCCUCAGACGGCUACAUGAUGCUGAAGUCGGAUUACUCUAAUGAAGCAUUUGCACACAGUUAUCUCACUGAGAGUUCAUACUGCCCGACUAAUACAGCAGUAACGCUGAAGUGUAUAGACUGUGGCAAAUCUACUGCUCAGACGCGGAUAGUUGGAGGCCAGCAAGUGACCAGCAAGACUCGUUGGCCUUGGCAGGUAAGCCUGCACGGUUCCGGGCGCCACUUGUGCGGAGGAUCCAUCAUCACCUCGUCAUGGAUCGUCUCGGCUGCUCACUGCUUUCAAACAUUGUCGCAGCCAGCUCAGUGGACCGUGUAUGCGGGGUAUCUCACUCAGACUGAGAUGCAGUCAGUCAGCGGCAACGUGGUCAGCCGGAUCAUCUCCCACCCUGGGUUUGAUUCUAAAACAAACGAUAACGAUAUUGCUCUGAUGAAGCUGGCGGCGCCACUCCGUUUGUCAUCGAGUAUUGGGCCAGUGUGCUUACCCAAUGCUGGAGUCAGCUUUUCUGCACCACAAGAUUGUUUCAUUACUGGAUGGGGAGCGACUUCCAGCCAAGGUUCUCCCUCAACUGUGUUACGAGAGGCGAGGCUCUCGCUGAUCGACAGGUCCAUCUGCAACAGUCGGCAGGUCUACAAUGGACAAAUCACCAACACCAUGAUCUGUGCAGGCAAGCUGGAGGGUGGAGUGGAUUCCUGCCAGGGAGACAGCGGGGGUCCACUGGUCACUCAGGACAGUUCACUGUGGUGGCUUGUUGGAGAUACUAGCUGGGGCGAAGGCUGUGCUUUCAGAAACAAGCCGGGCGUUUACGGAAACGUGACCGUCUUCCUUGAAUGGAUUUAUGAGCAAAUGCAGAAAUACUAACGUAACUGGACGUCGAGCGGAAGAGGUCGGCCUCAGGAACCCUCAUAUCAGAACAGGCCGAAGGCACUGAAGAGUGGCUCCAUGUCCAUUUUAACAUGAUGAGAACUGCCAGUAUUGCCAACUAGUUUCAUAUCCAUUAAAUUCUUUACUAUUAAUUCACUACUGUCCAAAUGUUUGUAGGCACCAGCUCUUCCAGUGUUUCUUCUGAAAUCAAUGGCUUUCAUAGGGAGUUUGUCCUCCUGUGAUGCAGUAACAGCCUCAACUCUUCCGAGAAGUCUUUAUACUAGAUGCCGGAACAUUGCCGGAAUUCAGCCACAAGAGCAUUAGUGAGGUCAGCUACUGAUUUUUGGAUGAUCAGUUCUCCAGCUCAUCCCGAAGGUACUGGAUGGAGCUUCAUCACUCCAAAGAACGCAGCCCCACUGAUCUACAGCCCAAUGCUGGGGGGCUUUAUACCCCUCCAGCUGACGCUUGACAUUGAGUAUGGUGAGCUUAGGCUCAUGGAGCAUCCAGAGCAUCCAAUUCUAUUGGUCAGUGCAAAUUAUACAGCUGCAACAACUCAUUAUUCAGACUGGAUUCUGGAUACUAUUGGACAUUUAGUGUACAUGCAGAUGUGCACGAUUGAUGUUUUACUCGUUGUUCAUAGUCCACCAUAUCACAAGACAUGCAAAUCACUGUUUGGUUCCAGCUGGCUUGCUUUCCUCACCUUUCUGACUGUGCAAAUUUACCCAAGCCUUAUUUGCACAUCCUUCUUUUCCCUAAAUGCCACACCAGAGCACAUAAAAGGGUGUGAGUGGCAUUUGAAAGGGCUUAUGAGAAACUAACCGCUCAAAAUUUUCUUCGUGCAACUCCUAGAUUCACUCACACAUGUACGCCGCUCAGAGAGAUUUACACAGCAAGUGAUGCAUGCGUAUUUAACAGCCUCAUUAACACAAGAGGAAUUACUCCAUAACAUACACACCCUUAUUUGGGUGGCUGUGCUAUUAUGAACAAAUGUUAUGUUUUUUUGUUUGUUUUUUUAUAAGUCAGGAUCUUGAAUAUUUAUUUCCUUGUGUUUCCAGUUUUGUUCGUUCAUGACACUGUGUUUCUCCUUCUCAUGUAAAAAGUGUUGAUUAUAAUGAUUCAUGUAUAUGUCUCCUUGUUCUUGUGUUUUUUUUAUAUUUAAUUUUAAGGAAUCCAGACAUUCUGGAAAAAAAACUGGCCUGCUAUCAUGUAACCUCUUUUCUAUGAAGAUGAUUCACAACAUAUACCUCACAAUUAGUAUCUUACGGAAUAAAUGAAGUACAAGAUUUCAUAUUGGA